AUGCUCUAUUACAGCCGCGAGCCUGCUGAGCCUCAUCCGCUGCCAGCAGCAGCGACCACAGGGCAAUGGGAGCACGUCAAGGCCUGGAGACCACAGGAGAAAGAUAAAGGCCAGAGCCCCCCACGUCCCAGUGCUGGGCCCUCACUGCUGUACCCUGCCAGCCCGCCACAGCUCUACAACACCCUGGGGCAGCUGCCGCUACUCAGUGCCUUGCUGGCAGAGCUGUCGGUGCUCGCCCACAGCGCUACAUCUGCUGCUGUCCACCCCCAUUUUGCUUGCCUCCAGCCUGCAGAGGCACCUGUGGGGCCUGGUGGGAGCAGUGGAGCUGCCAGCCCUCGAUUCAAGCAAGGCCGGCAAGAGGCCACCACACCAGGGUCUUCUCAGGCUGGGAGAGGAUCUAAGAAAGCUGUACCCCAAAGAGAGACAAGCUCUGAAAGGAACUGCAAAACUAAGGAAAACAGACCUCCCAGAAAGAAAUUGAUGUAUGGGCUGACAAAUACACUGAGGCUGCGGCUGCAGCAGACCAACCCUGGCAAGCUGGUAAUUCAUGAAAAGAGAGAGCAGUACAGAAAAAAGCAAAUGGAGAUGAUGAAGGAGAGAAGUCCAUUAUGCAGAAGAAAGCUGCUCAGAAAUGCUGGAGAACAGCAUGUGGUCUCUUACAGGCAUUGUAGCAAGGGAGACCGUUCAAAGCAGAAUCAUCAGUUUGAUAAAACUGUUGAGACUUCCUUACAAAACAGUGCUCUCACAGAGUACAUUUCCAUGGCAGGAGAUGUGUCCCCUGACCUGCAGAAACAGGCUAUUGCAAGUCUAUUGAAGGAUGAAAUUGCAAGCAAGGAAUGUCCCUGCAAACUAACUACAGCCCCCUUACUGGAGAAAACUGUAUUAAAAUCAUCUCAGAAGGAAAAGUAUGUGAAAACCCAACUCCCAGCAGCAUUCCCAUCAGAUGCUAAUGCAAAGGGAAGUAAUGAGGAAGCAGUACACUUAAUCCGUCAUAAAACCACGGAGCGUGAUGAUGUGUCUAUUAUAAGUGAUCAUAAACCAAGCCGCAGCAGGAGCAUUGAAAACAACUCUGAAUUCAUAUACUCGGACGACUUUGUUGCUAGUCCUGAGAACCCAGUUUAUUCUGAAGAUUUCACCAGUGCUGAGUGUACGGGCAGAGACUCGGAAGGUCUUGACAGCAGUCCUGAACCUCUGUGGCUUGAAAGCCCAAAGCAAAGUUUGUCAGAUACAGAGCUGGAAUCCAGCAGGUCCAGAACUUCAAAGUCAAGUCCAAAAGCUGAAAGUUCUUUAGAUCUUCUGCCAGUUCCUUCCGCUUCAUCUCCAGUCCAGUCUUUGAAGAGAAACUGUGACUUAAAAAACAGCGAGAGAACUAGUGGUGAAUCUGUUGAUUCAGUUGAGCUUGCUCAAAUGGAAGCAUCACUAUUAGAUGAAGAGCAGGAAGCCCAACGGAUCAGUAAGGAAGAGAACAGGGGCGGUCAGCAUAUUAAACAAGUAUCUACACUGAGAAGCAAACAAGUUAGCUGUGAUGCUGACCUGAAUAUAGGAAAGCGGCAGACCUCUGCAGGAAAAAGCCAGUCUGUAACUCCAGUUAGCUCUUACUUGUCAUCUAACAUGUCUGAUCUUGAACUUAGUGCCCUGGAAAACAGUAUGUCAGACAAAGAGGAGGAUUUUCUGGGAAAACUAUGUGUUCCUCAAUACAAAGACAUCAGUGACCUUGUAAUAAAUAAGCUUCCAGGAUAUACAAUAUAA